UUUGGGCUGCUUCACUCUAGCAUAUUGUAAGCCAAUUUCGACGGUGAAGAUAAUGGAACAGCAACAGAAGAAUUGACGUAGCAAACUAAAAGCUUCCCCUACUCGAGCCAAAACCUUACCCACUUCUGAACCCAAGCUUAAGCCCUGCUUCAGGCGUCAGCUCCGACGCUACUCCGACGGUCACCGCCUAUACUCAUCUUUGCAUAUUUCCAGUAGGAAACAGAUUCUUUGAUACUGCAAGCUUUGGGAACGGGAAAAAUGAAGAUCAUGAGCUAUGCUGGCAUUACAAAAUCUAAUUUUUUGCUUGUACACCCAGAUUUACCUGCUUUGUCUUUUUGUAGAUCUCACUUAUCUCCUUCAUCGAUUCUUAUGGUCACAAGUAACUGUGAGAAGAGGUUUAGGUUGAUUACAAGGUUUCAGUACUCGGUUGCUGCCAGAACAUCUGCAUCUUCUGUGGAUGCAUCUGUGUCCAAGCCAUAUACUGGUCGUUUAGGUGGGAAACAAAGAUCCUCGACAUCCUUGUAUAGCCGUCCUAGUUUAAUAGAGAUGAAGAAUGAGAGGAUAGCAAAUCGUGCCAAGGUUUAUGAUUUCCUGCGGGGAAUUGGUAUUGUUCCUGAUGAACUUGAUGGGUUAGAGCUUCCUGUUACAAUAGAGGUAAUGAGGGAACGUGUGGAUUUUCUUCACAAUUUAGGGUUAACAAUUGAAGACAUCAAUAAUUACCCUCUGGUUCUUGGCUGCAGUGUGAAAAAGAACAUGAUACCAGUGCUUGACUACCUUGGCAAAUUGGGUGUUAGGAAAUCCACUUUCACAGGGUUCUUGAGAAGAUACCCGCAAGUCCUCCAUGCUAGUGUUGUUGUAGACCUUGCUCCUGUUGUCAAGUAUCUGCAGGGGUUGGAUAUCAAGCCAAAUGAUAUUCCACGGGUUCUUGAGAGAUAUCCAGAAGUAUUAGGAUUCAAACUUGAGGGGACAAUGAGCACAUCAGUGGCGUAUUUGGUUGGAAUUGGAGUGGCAAGAAGAGAAAUUGGAGGAGUUUUAACUAGAUACCCAGAGAUUGUAGGCAUGCGAGUGGGCCGAGUGAUCAAACCUUUCGUGGAAUAUCUUGAAAGUUUGGGUAUUCCAAGAUUAGCUAUAGCUAAAUUGAUAGAGCAGCGGCCUCAUAUCCUGGGUUUUGGAUUAGAGGAAAGGGUGAAACCAAAUGUUGAUACCCUUGUAGAGUUCAAUGUCAGAAAAGAAGCACUUCCUUUAGUAGUGGCACAAUAUCCUGAAAUUAUAGGAAUUGACCUGAAACCAAAGCUUCUUGGUCAACAGAGUUUACUUAAUUCACUUACUGAACUGAGUCUUGAGGAUUUUGGCUCUGUUGUUGAGAAGAUGCCUCAGGUUGUUAGCGUAACUAAUAAUGCUAUUUUGAAGCAUGUGGGUUUCCUUAAGGAUUGUGGAUUCUCCUUGCAGCAAGUGACGAAGAUUGUUGUGGGGUGUCCCCAAGUGCUUGCUUUGAAUAUUGACAUCAUGAAACUUAGCUUUGAUUUCUUUCAAAGGGAGAUGAAAAGGCCUCUGGAUGAUUUGAUUGCUUUCCCAGCAUUCUUUACGUAUGGUCUGCAGUCUACUAUUAAACCGAGACACAAGAUGAUUGUGAAGAAGGGUUUGAAAUGCUCUCUUUCCUGGCUUCUUAACUGUUCUGAUGAGAAGUUCGAGGAACGGAUGAACUAUGACACCAUUGACAUGGAGGAGAUGGAAAUGGUGCCAUCAUUUGACAUGAAUACCCUGAUGGUACGAAGUGAUGAUUCCAGUUCUGAAUAUGAGGAAGAUAGUGACGAUGAAUAUUUAUAAUAUGAUGACUCUACAUUUGAGAAUCUUGGCUUCUUCAAAAUUGGAUCCUCAGAUUUGCGUUUGAGAAUCUUUGGCUUUUUCAAUAUUGGAUCCUCAUAUUAGAGUACGGAUGCCAUUCUUAAAAGGGAAACCCUGUUGAAGGAUGCAUUGUAAUGCAUUUGAGGCUACUUGUGUAUGCUUAUAAGAUAAGGUAUCUAAUACUUAAAUUCUCAGGCCCCUUUAUCUCCUUUGAUGGCCUAGUAUGUCUGUAUGUGUUAUCUCAAGGCAAGACAAUAUUUGUUGUAGUUUAGGGUCUUCCCUAAUGCGUUUGCCACACAUUUAAAGUUCUUAAGCCAUUGUUAAUGUCAUCUGCCAGUAGAAUUUUGGUCCAGAAGAAUUGUUGAGAAACAAAUAUAGUAUUUAUUUGGUCACCGUUUCAAUGUUCUGGAAGAAUAUGAUUGAAAGGGGAGGUCUAUAAAUUAAGUAAAAAAAUAGCAAUGGUUAAGAGUUGAAUCCCAAGAAGUAGUUGCAGUUUAAUGUGUGCUGUUAUCCUUCAACAAUAGCUCGAAUUAUGAAUUCAACCAAGGAGCAAUGAGUUGGUUUCUCCAAAGAAGAUAUUGAUGAAUACCAGCAGUCUAAAUAAGGAAUUUGCAACUUGUUUUUAAGUUCCCGUUGUUAGCCUUCUGUAUAUUACCAAAAACAUUAAAGCACUCCGCUGCUUUGUAUAAAAAUUUAUCAAAUAAUUCUUGCUGCCGGGAAUUUUCUUAAAUAAUGUAGUAGA